ACCUCUCUGUGCCCUAUCCACCUGCUGCAUGGUUCAGAUUAUGGCUUCCUGACGUUUCGUCAUCAUUGGUGCCUUGAAACUCUAUACAAACAUGGACGUGGGUCUGACAAGUCAGAAGUGUACUGUUUGCCCUACAGAAAGAGCUAAGGCUUCCAGUAACGGACACGGUCAGGACGAAAAUAGACCUAAUACUACACCUACGCAUACCAUCGAUGCCAUAUUGGGACUGAAAAGAAGGAAGAGACCCGCGGUAGAUUCGGACAGUGUUCAACAUAACCUAGAAUCUCCCCUGUUGAGUCUGGUGUCUAACGAACGUGAACAAACCAAUAACGCAGAAGGAGUAGAGAGACAAGACCCUCCCUCUGACGAUUUGGGGGAAGAUGGAGGUACAGACGACGGUCCUAAAAAGAAACAUAGAAGAAACAGGACAACAUUCACCACCUACCAACUACACGAAUUGGAAAGAGCUUUCGAAAAAUCUCAUUAUCCAGAUGUGUAUAGCCGUGAAGAGUUAGCUAUGAAGGUUAACUUACCGGAAGUUAGAGUUCAAGUCUGGUUUCAAAAUAGACGAGCAAAAUGGAGACGACAAGAAAAAUUGGAAAGUCAAAACGCGUUACGGACAUUGGGUAGUCACGUGACUUCAGAUUAUUCGGGAGCAUCCUCCAAUCUUCCAAGGUCUCAAUCACCGACUCCAGGAAUUUCUCCGUCUCUCGGUACUUGCUCUCCAGCAUCGACCAGUCCAUCUGGUCCAUUGACUCUAGAUCCUUGGAUCACAUCUCCUCUGCUCGGUUCUUCGUUGACAGGAUUGCCAGGAUUCUUAGCUCAUCCUCAUACCGUAUAUCCCAGUUAUCUGACACCCGCCGCUCCCACAUCACUCGCGUUAUCCGGAGGGCUCAAUGGACUUUUGCCCAAUUCUUCGGUUACGACAGCGGCAUUGGAUCCAUCUAGUCCACUAAAUCUUUCGGUAGCCUCCAACGAGAAAUUGGCGGAAGAUCCUCGAAGCUCGAGCAUCGUUGCUUUGAGGAUGAAAGCUAAAGAACAUGUUGAACUGAUUAACAAAGGAUAUGCCCUAGUGUAGAUAUUACCCUAUCCAUUAAAAAAAACAAAAUAGGAAUGUAAAAUUUCUCAUCUCGCGUAUCAUAUGUUUUCGCGGAUCCCCUGGUAGUU